AUAAUCGUUCCCUUGGCAACGGAAAUGUUUUGGAUAUUUCAUGACAAUACCUCUAACGCAAGGCCUCUGUCAAAUACAGAUGAAAUGCACUUUCAGCUUGCAAUUUUAAAGAAAACAUGUUGGAAAAAGUGGAAAAACCGACUCAUCAACAGGAGACUAUACAAGAUAUUGCAGUACGAUUACUAAAAGAACAAGUAUGUACUUUACCAAUCGAGAAGAUACCAAAAGAACAGACUAUAUUUGUGUUGGGAAGUAAAUGUGUGGGGAAAUCGACAGCAAUUAACAAGUUUUUUGAUCGUGAAUAUACAAAUCCGAAACCUACUUUAGCUCUCGAGUACUCUUAUGGACGGCGUUCACAGAAGCAAGUACUAAAUAUUUGGGAACUUGGUUCUUUAAAGAGCAGCUCACAGUUAUUUGAACUGCCUUUGCGUAUGCAAGGUAUUGAACAUUUUUCUAGUGUACUCAUGCUAGACUUAUCUCAGCCACAGUGUUUGUGGUCAGAUCUAGAAGAGGCCUUUAACGGUUUAAAGAAAGUAUCUGAUCAAAUGCUGGAUAGUAGUGAUGACGGUGUCCGAGAAAGGUAUAGAAAUCGUGCAGCUGAACGGAUUAAAAAAAAUCACAACGAAAUAUCUACACUUGACUUACAGCCAUUUCCAAUAGUACUCGUGGGUGGUAAAUAUGAUUUAUUCAUCGAUCAAGAACCUGAGACAAAGAUGCACGUUUGUCGUUUUUUACGAUCAGUUGCACAUUUAGUAGGUGGAAGUCUGUUAUUUUAUUCCUCUAAACUACCAAAACUUGCAAAAACGUUACGUGAUACUUUUAAUCAUUUGGGAUUUGGUAGUCCUACAAAUCCAUUUCGAUCACAUACAGUUGAUUUUAAUGAUGCUUUAUCUAUUUGGUUUGGUACUGAUAGCUGGGAUAAUAUUUCAAAUGCUGGUCCACAAUAUCUAAAAGAUAUAGGCGCUGAACUGAAUAAACAUGUGCCACAAUUACAGGUAAAUUUAAACAUUGAACCAGUGAAAGAACCAGCGAAUGAUGCAGGCUUUCGGGAAGGCAUAAUAGAUGAAAUGCGUUCACAAAAAAUGGAGGAAUUAAAAUUGAUGCUGAAGCAACUAGAUUUGCGUGUUCAAUUUGAAAAUGUGGGACUUCCAAAGUGAACAUAAGUUUUA